AUGACCACUAUUAACCGCAUCGAACGCAUUCUCGAGGGAUUUGACCCUGUGAGCCAUGGACUCGACGAGCAGUUCGUGUUGACAAAGUUGACAGCGAUGAAGGGGUGCGGGUGCAAGGUUCCAAGGGACAUCCUGCUCCAGCUGCUGCAGACAUUCAAGACGGAUCUGGUAAUCAACAACGAUGAAGUCGGUACGAUAGACAUAGGAGUAACGCAUAGUCCCCACUAAUUUCAGACAUCGGACUGGACAGCUGUGUCGUUCCUCUCCGACAUCCCGGUCUUCGAUUGGUCCAGACCACCGACUUCUUCUACCCGCUCGUCGAUGAUCCGUACAUCAUGGGCCGAGUCACUUGUGCUAACGUUCUCUCCGAUCUUUAUGCGAUGGGAGUUUCGGAGUGCGACAACAUGCUCAUGCUUCUCGGAGUUGCCAUUGAUCUAGACGAAAGCCAAAGGGACAUCAUUGUUCGUCUGUUUAUUCAGGGAUUCAAGGUAGCACUCUAUUCAGUUUCCACUCUCUCAAACGAUUCGUUCAGGAUGCGGCGGAUGAGGCGGACACGAAGAUCCGAGGUGGUCAGACAGUCCGUUGUCCUUGGCUGCUUCUCGGAGGAGUUGCCACGUCAGUCGUUCAUGAAUCGGAGAUCAUCAAAGUGGACCAAGCUGUUCCUGGAGACGUUCUCGUGCUCACUAAGCCAAUCGGAGGGCAGGUUGCCGUCAAUUCUUACGAAUGGAUCAAGAAAAACAACGGUAAAGUCGAGGAGCUGGCCUUAGAUCCGUCUCGCAUCAAGAAGACGUUCAAACAGGUCUGUGAGCAGAUGAGCCGUCUUAAUCGAAACGCCGCCAAACUGCUGCACAAGUACGAGGCUCAUGCAUCGACUGACGUCACCGGAUUCGGACUUCUUGGUCACGCAGAGAACCUGUCAAGAGUGCAGAAGGAACCCGUCGAGUUUGUGAUCGAAACAUUGCCAAUCAUUGAAUACAUGGACGAAAUUUCUGCGAAGAUGAUUGAGAAGGGAGGUGAAGGAUUCCGAUUGUUCGAGGGAAGAUCCGCAGAGACCAGUGGCGGACUGCUCAUUUCGAUGUCGGAGGCGAAUGCGAAGGUGCGUUCAACAUAUUUCCGUGUCAUUUCUGUGUUUACCUUCCCUGUUUACACUAACUGGAGGAAUGAACAAAAACAAAAGUGGUUGCUUUCAGAAAUACAUCGAAGAGUUGUCAGCUCUUGAUGGCGCUCCUGCCUGGUUAAUCGGGCGAGUCGUGGUGAAACAGACCGAUUCCAUCGCCCGCAUCGUUCCCGACGUCGCCCGAAUCUCUGUUCCCUCUCCUAUUUAA